ACAGUUUGUUUUCAAACUGACGUAACUGGUUAACGUGAUUUGUUACAGAUGACAAUGAUCAGGGAGCAUGCAGUGAAACUACAACUCUCAAAAGGGACACACCCACCCUUGUAAAGGAGCACAGAAUAUUUUUGUAGAAAUACAGGUGGAAGUACAAAAUCCUGGUCACUGCACCAACUGUAAUAUAGUUGGAGAAAAUCUUUGGCUGCACCAGGACUCGAACCUGGGACCCCUGCAUUACGAGUCAGGUGCUCUAACCAUUGAACUGUCCAGGCUGAUAUCCACAUUUCGUAUAGACUUAUAACUACUAUUAUAUGAGUACAAGGCAGCACCCCUGGUAUCAGGUUAAAUUAUUUUAGAUAGAGUGAAUAAAAUAUUCAACAAUUAAUUACACGUAAAAACAGUACAGUGCUCAUCAAACUUGGUACACUAGUUCCCAAUUAUUAAAAGGAAGAAGCCUUCUGUUUUUCAAGGUCAGAAGAAGUCUAUUGUUUACAGUUAUCAAGGUCAAACUUGCUUAAGUAAUUCUAAAGGCACAAAACAAGAUUGAACAAUACUAAUAGGGCUAGGAUAAUCAAAAUUGAUGUACACAUUCAAUGAUUAUCAUAGAUAGAUAGUACUUGGUCUGUCUGUCUGCCUGUCAAUACCUUGUGGGAAUAAUAAGGGAAGGAUAAUUAAACUAGGUAUGUAUCUUUCCGAUAUGGUGAAAGGAAGAUGCCUCUUAUUUCUUAAGGUCAUAUUUUAGGGGGUAAUCCUGAAGGAAAUUUAAACAGUACUGUGUAAUAAAAUUAACAGAAUCUUCAAACUUGGUAUGCAUACUUGCUCUGCUGUUGAUGCUAAGUAUAUUUUAAAAAGUAAUGAAUUUGCUUCUUAAGUUGUUUUUCAUUGGUUUCUGCAAUUUGAAACCUGUCUAAUCCGAUAUUCUCUUGGAGAUAUAUACAGUGAAACCUGUCUAAUCUGACAUGCUCUGAGAGAUAUACAGUGAAACCUGUCUAAUCUGACAUGCUCUGAGAGAUACAUAUAGUGAAACUUUUCUAAUCUGACAUUCUCUGGAAGACAAACUUUUAUUGGGUUGGCAGAUUGCAUAGAGUAGAGAUAAUGGGAAAAAGAUAAUUAGGAAGGAAAAUGGGGUCAGAAUUCACAGUAAAAUGGAGUACACAGGUGGUGGAGUAGACAGGUUUAACUGUACAUAUAUACUACUCAAAAUUUGAUAAGGAUCACUAGGUUAUAUGUGUGUAAUAUACCACUAACAUAACAAAAGACUUAAAUUUGACUCAGAAAGGUGUUUACUCAGGUUAUGAAUGAAAAUUCAUGAACGGCAUGAACUUUUAUCAAUACGGAAUGCUUGAAAUCUGAUAACAACACCAAAAGGCAUUUCAUUACAAAAAGUUAACAGCAAACCAGAGAAAGAAUUACACAGUUUUUUGGGGAUAGUCCAUCAUUACACUUAGUCGAUGAAGUGUCAAUACCGGGUAUGGCCUCCCCUUGCAUCAAUGACGGCUUGACAACGUCGAGCCAUGCUGUCAAUAAGCACCCGGCUGUUUCCAAUGGGAAGGUUGUUCCACUCUUCCACGAGGGCAUUUCCAAGCUCUGCCAAAGUCAUGGGUUGUGCUCUACGGUGUGAAAGGGCAACCUGUAGCAUGUUCCAUACAUGCCCAAUCGGAUUCAAGUCCGGCGAGCUCGCUGGCCAGUCCAUGCGGACAAUUGUCUACUGCUGAAGGUACUGCUCCACCACCCUGGCACGAUGAGGAAGGGCAUUAUCAUCCAUCAGGGUGAACUCAGGGCCAACAGCACCGGCGUAGGGUCUGACGUAAACAUCGAGGAUCUCAUCCCGGUACUGCACCCCCGUCAUUGUUCCUCUCUCCAGGAGAUGAAGAUUCUGUUCUUCCAUCCCUGCUGAUUCCACCCCAGACCAUGAUGGAACCACCAUCAUAACAGUCAUGUUCACUGAUGUUGGCAUCAUGGAAACGUUCACGUUGUUGUCGCCAAACUCGGUGCCUCCUGUCUGUAAAGUCCAAACAAUACCUGGACUCAUCGGUGAACAGAACUUGAACCCAAUUGUUCUGUGUCCAAGUGACAUGAUCUUCAGCCGAGUCCAAUCGCUCCCGCCGGUGUCGAACAGUCAGAGGGACUCAAACACAUGCCCUUCUCGAGUUGAGACCUGCAUUGUGAAGCCGAUUCCGUAUCGUCUGAGUGGACACAUUCACCCCCGAGGCAUUCAGGAGGUCGUUACAUAGGCUGGUUGCUGUCCAGAUGGGAUGGCGUCGUGCCUGAAGAGCCACAAAAUGGUCUUGGCGUUGGGUUGUCGACCUCUGACGACCACCCCCGUGUUGGUGUGCUGCUGUACCAAAAGUUUGCUGUCGGUUCCAGGCCCUGUUUACAACGCUCUGGCUGAUGUUUAGUGCAUUUGCAAUGUCACGUUGUGAAUAGACAGCGUCAAGUAUUCCAAUACAUCUGUCCAGUUGUUCUGUCGUCAGGCGACGCCUUACACGUUUAGGGGGCAUUGUGUUGAUAAACGUAGUGUAAACACUCAAGUGAGUUUGAAAUUUUAGAAAGAUUCAAACACCAAUGCCUGAGUGAAAAUUGUGCAAUGGUAGCAAAAGCAUAAACUGUGAUGAGAAAUGCAUUUCCCAUGGCAUGAAAUGCACGUGCAAGUUUGUUGAAGACGUUUUUGAUUUCACUUGGACACAAUAUUGCCAGUUAUGCAGUUAUUAAUUUUUUAAACAGAAAAUAUCUAUGAUCCUUAUCAAAUUUUGAGUAGUAUAUAAUUCUGUAUUGAACAGGACAAUUAAUAUAAACUUAAAUGAUUAUCUGUUUAUUGUUCAGCCUUUGGCACAGCAAGAUUUAUCAAGCAGUUAAUGGUUACUUGGCCAUCCUCUGGAAGACAACGGAUGUAAACGACACCAGUUUGAUGAGAUGAAAUCUCUGCCUUCCUCUUCCUCAGUUUGUGAUGUGAUAUGGUAAGUUAGAAUCUUGAUCUGACCUUACCAAUCAGCAUGACAAAACAAGGUGGUCCAGACACUCCAAAGAAUAGCAGACUCCAGGGUCCAUGUCCGUUUGGAAAAACAAACUGGUUGUCCCGAUUCACCUUCUGGUGGAUGUUUCCGCUGUUCCGAUUUGGCUUCAGACAUCCACUGACACAAGAUCACCUUUAUGAUGUCUUGCCGGAGGAUGAAUCGGAAUUGUUAGGGGACCGCAUGGAAAGAGCUUGGGAUGCUUACUCGAGAAGAUGUAGGGAGAGAAAGAAGAAACCGAGUCUGUAUUGGGCAGUCAUUGCCGAGUUCAAGUGGGAAUGGGGCAUCAAUGGCAUAUUCCUAGUCAUCUCCGAAGGUAUUAGGAUAUUACAGCCCUACUUGACAGGACAGAUAGUGUCGUAUUUCCAGCCGGGCUCCAGUCUCUCGAGUACAGAGGUGUAUAUUUACGCGACUGUGAUGGGGGUCAGCACCAUGAUACAACUCCUUGUCAACCCUAAAUAUUUCUUCACCAGCCACCAUAUUGCUCUGAAAAUGAAAGUAGCUGUAGCUAGUCUUAUUUAUCGGAAGAUUUUGAAAAUGAGCAGCUGGUCUAAACAUGCCACAACAUCAGGAAAGAUAAUCAACCAUCUGUCCACAGAUUUGGAAAAAUUCACAUAUACUAUUGAGAGUUUCCACUUCUGCUGGCUGGGGCCCCUGGAGAUUUGUGGGAUUCUGUAUUUACUGUACAGACAGAUUGGAUACCUGAGCUUGCUGACUCUGGCUGUCAUUGGAGUUCUGCUACCACUCCAGGUUGCCUUAGGUUGGAUCUAUGGGAAACUUAGAAUGAAAAUAGGAGCUGCUGGAGACCAGAGAAUUCACUUGAUGAACCAGAUCAUUGCUGGAAUGAGGGUCAUUAAAAUGUACUGCUGGGAAAAACCAUUCAGUCAAAUCAUAUUCAAACUCAGAAGGUCAGAGAUGUCUCAGGUGUGGAAGGCUUACAUCACGAAGGCUCUCAACAUCGCCGUGUUCCAGAGUGCCGCCACGAUCAUCUCCAUUUCCCUGUUUGGGCUGGCCUGGUAUAUGGAGAUUCCCCUCUCGGCUCGGAAGAUUUACAGCACCUUGGGUUGGAUCCUGUGUCUUCGACUGACCAUAUUCCUGUACAUGAUGUACCUGGUAGAAGAUAACAAACAGCUGUCAUCAUCACUCAAACGAAUACAGUCGUUUCUUGCCGUGGAAGAUAUGAAGGUGUUUUCUGUGUUUGCUGAAAUGUCUGAAUCAAUGGAAGAAGACGGUGUGUCCAUUCGUAUCCAGGAUAUGACAGCCAGCUGGAAUAGUCCUGGAGAUAGAGACCACGACAGUGUCACCGACAAACUAGUGGACAAUGAGUUGACUCCUUCUUUUGCAUUGAAAAAUAUCAAUCUAGAUGUCAAACAGGGAGAACUGCUAGCUGUUGUGGGAUCAGUCGGGUCAGGAAAGUCUUCUUUGUUGAUGUGCCUUCUGAAAGAGUUGCCUCCAGCGAUGGGAAAGCUUCAUGUGAAUGGCAUUAUGGGAUACGCCUCACAGAUUCCGUGGGUUGUAUCAGGGACAUUGCAGGAUAAUAUUACUUUUGGAGAUGAUGUUAAAGAAGAACGUUACUCCAAGGUCCUUCAAGCCUGUGCUCUGUACAAGGACCUAGAUCAAAUGAGGCUGGGUGACCAAACUCUUGUUGGUGAGCGAGGACUUCUGCUGAGUGGGGGACAGAAAUCACGGUUAACGCUAGCCAGGACCAUUUACAGAGAGGCUGAUGUUUACCUCCUCGAUGACCCCCUGGGAGCCGUAGACACGGACGUGGGUAGCCAUCUCUUCCAAAAGUGUAUCUGUGAGUUUCUGAGAGGGAAGACGAGAAUUCUGGUCACUCAUCAACUUCAGUAUCUCAGGUCUGCUGACAGGAUCGUCAUUCUUAAUGAGGGAAGAGUAGUCAGUGUUGGGACAUAUGAUGAAUUAGUGAGACAAGGGACAGAAUUUUCUCUGAUCCUGUCUGACCAUGACAAAGACAUGGAGGAACCAGAGGAGGAGCAGGACAAAAAGGUCAAAUCUAAAGUGGAAAAGAACACUAAGGAGAAUACAGAGGAUGAAUUCUCUAAGUACGGAAAUGUUGGAUGGAAAGUUUACAAAGACUACUUCUUGGCUGGACAUCCAUGGCUGUAUCUACCUAUUAUUACACUCCUAACCUUAGUCUCCUAUGCUUCCUAUGGGUAUGGAGACUGGCAUUUAGCUAGAUGGGUAGAAUCAACAGAAUUACUCAAUCUUCAGACACAAAAUGGAUCAUUGUCACAAAACCUAAACCCAGUUUUCAAUGUGCCAAAUCAAACACUGUUACAAAACUUAUCUCAUAUUACAUCACCCAAUCAAAACUUUACAUACAGCAUUUCAUUACCCAAUCAAACAACACCGUACCUCAACGAUUCUUCUGAUGUUUCCGUGACCCCGCAGCAGGUGGACAUGUUGAUGAAGACGUAUCUGGUAGCCAUCACCAUGUUUAUCACUGGCAUCAGUCUGUUUGGAUUGGCUUACUUCAGAAUGUCUGUAAGCAUCAGUAAGCAGCUUCACAACACCAUGUUUAAAAUCGUCCUUGGAGCCAAGACAUACUUUUUUGAUUCUAACCCUGUUGGAAGAAUAUUAAACAAAUUUGCCAGAGACUUAGGCAUGAUAGAUUCAGCUCUUCCUUCAACGUCUUAUGCUGUUAUUGAGGUGAGUUUUUGUCUGCUGAUGCAAAUAGUCAUCACCUGCAUAGUAAAUCCGUAUCUCUUGUUACCGCUAACUCCGCUGGUCGUCCUCAUAUACUUACUAAGACUGUUCGCUCUACCAACCACCAGAAAUAUGAAACGUUUAGACGCAGCAACCCAGAGUCCAGUGUUUUCCCAUGUGUCUGACACUCUGGUGGGACUGCAAUCCAUCCGUGCACUGGGAAUGAACCAGAAGUUUCUGCUGGAUUUCAACCGAUUCCAAAAUAAGCACACCAUAGCAUCCUUCGUAUUCCUGGCGUCGUACCGGUGGUUUAGUCUGCGUUCGCUUUUCUUUCUCGAUGUCUACUUCAUUCUUGUCGUGUUUCUGUCACUGGCCCUCAGAGACUAUAUUGGGUUGUCCGGGGGAUUGUUUGGAAUGGCCAUAAAUUACUUGUUGUCUAUGGCUGAUCCAUUUGAAUACCUAAUGAGGGUAUCAACUACACUAAACACACAGAUGACUUCAGUGGAGAGGAUAAUGUCGUACACAAAGGUAGAACAGGAGGCCCCCAAAGUGUCUGGAACUCCACCCGCCCCCUCCUGGCCCCUUCAUGGAGAGAUUCGGCUGGUCAAUGUGGGGCUACAAUAUUCCUCCAAUACUGACCAAGUCCUCCAUGAUAUUUCCUGUCACAUCCACUCCCAGGAGAAGAUUGGAAUUGUGGGAAGGACGGGAGCAGGAAAGAGCUCGUUACUGGCAGCUCUGCUGAGGCUAGCAGAACCAACCGGAGAAAUCCAGAUUGAUGGCAUCAAUGUGAUGAAGAUAGGCCUCCAUGAACUUCGGAAUAAAAUAUCAGUCAUACCACAGGAUCCCAUUUUGUUUAGUGGUACAUUGAGGAAAAAUUUAGAUCCAUUUGAGGAAUACUUGGAUGACCAGUUAUGGGAUUCGUUAGAACAGGUGCAGCUCAAAAUUAAGGUACAGAGUGAGAGUGAGGGCCUCUAUAUGGAGAUGUCAGAGGGCGGUCAGAACCUGAGUGUAGGUCAGAGACAGCUGGUGUGUCUGGCUCGGGCCAUCCUCAGACAGAACAAGAUACUGAUACUGGACGAGGCCACGGCCAAUGUCGAUCACAACACAGACACCUUAAUUCAGGAGACCAUUAGAAGCAGAUUCCACAACUGCACUGUCCUAACAGUGGCCCACAGAAUCCAUACCAUCAUGGACUCUGACAGAGUUAUGGUGUUGGAUCAAGGAAAUCUGGUUGAAUUUAACACACCUUUCAAGCUACUUCAGAAUGAAAAUGGUUUCUUCAAAAAUUUGGUUCAGCAAACUGGAAAGGCGCAAGCAAAGCAUUUACUAGCAUUAGCUGAAAAACAUCACAAGGAGCAAUCUUGAUCUAUGUAGAUAGUUAGAUGAAGUAUGAAAUUUUCUAAAAUGUUGCACUGUUUUGUUUUUUGUUUUCUCUUGGUUUUUAAAUUUGUGUAGAACUAAAUGUAUUUAGGCCAACAUUUUUUUUUCUUCUGUUUGACGGAUUUUUUCUUCCUCAAAACUGAUUUUGGGGAUAGAGAUAUAAGUCUUAAAUCCGUGCAGUUUGUUACAUUGAUAAACUGAAAAAUUGUGAUAAAAAAUUACAUUUUAAAUUCAGAGAGGAAACUGUCAUCCUGAUAAGAGUGGUAGGACCCACAAUCUUUAUUUUCUGUUUAAAGUGCCAGUGGGAUGAAAUGAAAUGAAAAUAAAUGUACCCAAUUCAA